AUGCAGCGUCGUGCGCGCAAUGCCCUCGAUGGUAUCGAGGAACCCGAAUUCCCAAUAUUGCGCGGAGCUAUGAAUAUAUUUCCACCUGGGGCUCCAGUGCGUGCUGCAAAUCCUCCGCCUCCGCGAAAUCUACGACGAACUUCUGCUAGGUAAGC